AUGGUUGUUCUCUCUGAACUUUGUGAAGGGUCUUCAUGUUCAUCAACUCAUAAUUGUCACAGACAUGAUGUAUUUUUAAGUUUCAGAGGAGUUGACACUCGUCAUGGUUUCACUAAUCACCUUUACAACGCCCUCAUGCAUGCCAAUAUCACCACCUUCUUGGAUGAUGAAGAUAUUAAAACAGGGGAAGAUCUAAAACCAGAAUUGGAGAGUGGUAUUCGAGGGUCUAGGGCUUCUGUUAUCGUGUUGUCCAAAAAUUAUGCUACUUCCACAUGGUGUCUCGACGAACUGGUGUUGAUCCUUGAGCAACGUAUGAAAUCCAAUCAUGUUGUAAUCCCCAUCUUUUAUCAUGUUAAGCCCAGCCAUGUCAGGAAACAACAAAGUAGCUUCGGAGAUGCAAUGGCUAAGCAUAGACAAAAGAUGGAGGCAGAAACAAAUUCAAAUAAAAGAAGCCAAUGGGCUCAAAAGAUAGAGCUUUGGAAUAAAGCGCUUACAGGAGUUGUUGAUUUAAAAGGGAAGGAUGCAAAUGGCAGGUCUGAGGUGGAACUUAUUGAUGAAAUUGUCAAGGACAUCUUCCAUAGACUACGCAUAUCCUCAAGGUUUCCACUACCACAACUUAUUGGGAUGGAAGGUUCCAUUAACUUCGUCACUUCAUGGCUGAAAGAUACAUCAUCACAUACGACAAAUAUACUAACUAUUUUGGGUAUGGGUGGGAUUGGGAAGACAUCUUUAGCCAAAUAUGUCUAUGCGUUACAUUUUCAUGAAUUUGACAAAAGCAGCUUCAUUGAAGAUAUCGGUAGGAAAUGUGAGGAAAAAUCUAAUGGGAUUCUUGAUGUUCAAAAACAACUAUUUGAUGACAUUUCAAAACCAAGUUCAGUUCAAGUUCUUGAUGAUUCUAUAUACACCUCAAUGAUAGAGAAUGCAGUAGCCCGUAAAAAGGAACUAAAAUCCUAG